UCACGUGGCUAAGGUCAAGGGGUGACCUUGAAGGACCGGUUUGAUUCGAUUCCUGGAUUUUUCCUCUUUUUAAUUGCAAAUACGUUCCUUCUUCAAAAUGCCACUCGCUCCAAUUGACGACAAGCAGUCGUCUGCUUCUCCUGAAGUGAAAAAACAGAGCACGUCAAUCCCGAAAGGCAUAAAAUUCUUGUUCGGAGGCACUGCUGGAAUGGCUGCAACUUGUUUUGUCCAACCCCUUGACUUGGUCAAGAACAGGAUGCAGUUGAGUGGUGAGAAGGGCGUCGCGAAGGCUCACAAGACUAGCCUUCACGCCAUUGCCAGCAUAAUGAGAAGUGAGGGCAUCAUAGGAAUGUACACAGGGUUAUCAGCGGGUCUCCUUCGCCAAGCCACCUAUACCACCACCAGGCUAGGUAUCUACACCAUCCUCUUUGACAUGUUCUCAACGGAGGGGCGUCCACCAGGUUUCUUUACCAAAGCGGGUAUCGGUAUGACAGCUGGUGCAAUCGGUGCUUUUGUUGGAACGCCCGCCGAGUUGGCUCUGAUCAGAAUGACAGCUGAUGGAAGAUUACCGAAAGCCGAACAACGAGGUUAUAAAAAUGUUUUUGAUGCUCUGUACCGUGUAAUCAAAGAGGAAGGUGUUCUUCAGUUAUGGAGGGGAUGUGGACCAACCAUGACGAGAGCAGUAGUUGUCAAUGCAGCCCAACUGGCUUCGUAUUCACAAGCUAAACAAUUUUUACUUGGAACAAGAUACUUUAAUGAUAAUAUAUUCACACAUUUUGCGGCUAGUAUGUUGAGUGGGUUGGUCACGACUGCCGCAUCUAUGCCUGUUGACAUAGCAAAAACCAGAAUACAAAACAUGAAAGUGACAGAUGGAGUCCCAGAAUACAGAGGCGCAUUUGAUGUGCUGAGGACAGUCGUACGCCAAGAGGGUUUCUUCAGUUUGUGGAAAGGCUUCACGCCUUAUUUCUUCCGACUCGGCCCACAUACGAUCUUAACGUUCAUCUUCCUCGAACAAAUGAACAAGCAGUAUCGUAUACGUGUCAUGAAGGAGACUGGUGACGUAUCUGGUGGACUCUAAAUUCUUAAAAAAUUGUUACCAUGAAAUGGCAGGAGUUGCAGAGACCAAAAACCAUGAGUGUGAUAGCCUCCAUGCUACAUUAUGAGUUGCUGUAGCAAUGUGAUCACACUUUAUUUUCUGGUUUACCAACUUGGUGGUCACAUUUCCUUUUUCUGAUCAAAAGAAUAAUGCAGAAUCAUCUGACCAUGUUUGGGUAUACAUUUCAGUGUGCAAUGGGCUUUUAGAGGCACUCCUGGUUAGAAUUAACUCAUUUGAGACAUCGAUAUUCGAUGGUGCCCUUGGUACAGAUAGCUGUGAUUAAAUAGAGUUUGGCGUUUCCUUCAGAAUAGCAUAGUGUCACUCUGAGCCAUCUGGACUUGUAUGGGAUUGCACACUACUGGCACGAUAGUAACUGUACCACUUUGUCAGAUGGGACCACAUGGUGAUCUGUCAGCUUUGUACAUUCACUUCCUGGUUUCUUAGCAAAGCCUUGACCUAUGUGUUUGGCUAAUAGGAGGUCAAGAGGCGCUCAUAACACUAGGAAACUGUGCAUGCGAACUGUCUCUAUGGAUAUGCAGACUUUGGCUUAUCAAUCGUUUGGAUUGGGAACGGCCUAUGGAUACGCAGCCUAAUGCGUUUAGAUUUGUCAUGAAAAGCCACUGGUUAACAAUAGUUUAGUUGUUAUGAAGUAGUCUAGGUAAGAUUUAGGUCUGUGAUAAACUAGAUCUCUGUUGUGAUGAGCUUGUUCUGUUGAUGUCCUUCUGUUUUUCAUGAUACCAACGACUUCUUGAACCUGAUAGUAAAAACCUCCUUUGGUAGAGAGAAAGAGAAGUAUAAGUCAGGUUUAUUGUGAGUUUGAUCUAGCAUUGUCAUCGGGAUACAGCUGGACUUCAAAUAUGGGUGUGAUCAUGUCAAAACCAUAUUCUGGGCCCUACAUGUACCUAACAAACUGAUAUUGUUUUGUCAUUUUAAAUGACAUUGGGAUUGGUCUUUCUCUUGCAUGCAUCAAAGUUAUACAACACUUUAUUGUGCUGUUGUAUGAUGGAAUAUAAUGUGCUAUGACCUGUGAGGGAUGAUAUUAAGGCGUAGACUUGUAGAUAGGUUGAACAUUGCACGAUUUGUACUUCUGUCAAUGAAAUAAUGUCUAUAAGGCAUGCUUUGGGAUAUCAUCACUCGGCAAACAAAUAGAUCGACUAAUGUGAAAUGAAAA